AGGCCCCGCGCUGCGCCGCGGGCGCUCGCCCGGCUGCCGUGCCCACUGCAUGGAGAGCGGGCGGGCAGCGCAGCAGCGGCCGCAGCGCCGCCGCCUCCCUCCGCUUCCCCUCGCCUCCCCUCGGCCCCCGCCCCGGCCAGCGCGGGGCUGCCGGGGCUCCGAGCGGCGGGAGGGAGCCCCGGAGCGCCCCACCGCCCCCGCCGCGGGUUACCUGCCCGGCCCAGGUGGGGCCAUGCGGAGCGGAGGAGGCUGCUUUGGGGGCUGCCGCCGCUUCUGAUGGAUGUUUGCUGUGUGUUUGCCUCCGCUCCCGGUUUCCCUUUCAUCUGAGGACGCAUCUGGCUCCAGCUCUCUAAAACUAUCUGCCUCCUGGUACCGUUCGCAGAUAACAGAAGGAAACCUGAGCCCGAAAGGCAGUUCCCCACCUUCUUCCACCCAACGUAACCUUCUCGGGCGCCUUUGAAGAGGCAUUUCAUCUUUAAGGGCCGGCUGCUUGCGCACACUUUUAUACCCACUGAAGUGAUCGAGAAACCAUGUUGUCUGGUGGAAGAAGUGCGUUUCUGUGCCUUGGAAUGCUCUUGAGCUUUUGGAGCUCCGUGAGUUGGAUGCCUGUUGGAGGAUGCCCGCAUAAAUGUACAUGUAUUGCUUCCAACGUGGAUUGUCACGGACUAGGACUCAAAACUGUACCGAGGGAUAUUCCCAGGAAUGCAGAGAGACUUGAUCUAGAAAAAAAUAAUAUCACAAGAAUCACGAAGACGGACUUCACAGGACUGAAGAAUCUCCGUGUCUUACACUUGGAAGAAAAUCAGAUUAGUGUGAUAGAACGUGGAGCGUUUCAGGACCUAAAACAACUUGAGCGGCUGCGCCUGAACAAGAAUAAGUUGCAAGUUCUUCCUGAGCUGCUUUUUCAGAACACACAGAAGUUAACUAGAUUAGACCUGAGUGAAAACCAGAUAAAAGGAAUCCCUAGAAAGGCCUUUCGAGGAAUCAUUGAUGUGAAGAACUUGCAACUGGACAACAACCAGAUCAGCUGCAUCGAAGAUGGAGCCUUCCGAGCCCUGCGCGACCUGGAGAUCCUUACUCUCAACAAUAACAACAUCACCCGCAUUCCUGUUACCAGUUUCAAUCACAUGCCAAAGAUCAGGACGCUGCGGCUUCACUCCAACGUCCUGCACUGCGACUGCCACCUGGCUUGGCUGUCGGACUGGCUGAGGCAGCGGCGCACUAUCGGGCAGUUCACCUUCUGUUUGGCACCUGUGAACCUGCGGGGUUUUCUUGUGGCGGAGGUUCAGAAGAAGGACUUUGUCUGCUCUGGUUCCCAGUCUGAACCUCCUUCGUGCAGUGCCAGUUCCAUCACUUGCCCAUCUGCCUGCACCUGCAGCAACAAUGUAGUGGAUUGUCGAGGAAGGAGUUUAACAGAAAUUCCAGCUAACCUACCAGAGGACAUCUGGGAAAUACGUUUGGAACAAAACCUCAUCAAAAUCAUUCCCCCUGGAGCUUUUACCCAGUACAAGAAGCUUAAGAGAAUAGACAUCAGCAAGAAUCAAAUAACUGACAUUGCACCUGAUGCAUUCAGAGGCUUGAAAUCACUCAUUUCAUUAGUGCUCUAUGGAAACAAGAUCACAGAGAUUCCCCAAGGCCUUUUUGAUGAUCUUGUGUCUCUGCAGCUGCUGCUUCUCAAUGCCAAUAAGAUCAACUGCCUGAGGGUAAACACGUUCCAAGGUCUGCAUAAUCUCAAACUCCUAUCUCUUUAUGACAACAAACUGCAGACCAUCAGCAAGGGCCUCUUUGCACCUCUCCGAUCGAUCCAGACUCUACAUUUAGCUCAGAAUCCAUUUGUGUGCGACUGCCAUUUGAAGUGGCUGGCUGAUUACCUGCAGGAUAAUCCGAUAGAAACCAGCGGCGCUCGAUGCAGCAAUCCGCGUCGCCUUGCCAACAAACGAAUCAGCCAGAUCAAGAGCAAGAAGUUCCGCUGCUCAGGGUCAGAGGAUUACAGAAGUAAAUUCACCGGGAAGUGUUUCAUGGACCUUGUCUGUCCUGAGAAGUGUCGCUGCGAGGGAACAAUUGUAGACUGCUCUAACCAAAAACUCACCCGAUUACCCAGUCACCUUCCUGAAUAUACUACUGAUCUGCGUUUGAAUGACAAUGAUAUUUCUGUUUUGGAAGCUAUCGGACUCUUCAAGAAAUUGCCCAACCUCAGAAAAAUAAAUCUAAGCAACAAUAAGAUCAAGGAAAUACGAGAAGGCACAUUUGAUGGAGCUUCAGGAGUGCAGGAACUGAUUCUGACAGAGAAUCAACUGGAAUCGGUGCAUGGACGAAUGUUUAGAGGCCUUGCAGGGCUAAAGACCUUGAUGCUGAGGAGCAACUCUAUCAGCUGUAUAAACAAUGACACCUUUGCUGGACUGAGUUCAGUGAGGCUUCUUUCUCUGUAUGACAAUCACAUCAGCACAAUCACCCCUGGAGCCUUCAGCACAUUAGUCUCUUUGUCUACAAUCAAUUUGCUGGCUAACUCCUUUAAUUGUAACUGCCAUUUGGCCUGGCUGGGAAAAUGGCUGAGGAAGAAGAGAAUUGUCAGUGGAAAUCCACGCUGUUUGAAACCCUUUUUCUUAAAGGAUAUUCCAAUUCAAGAUGUAGAUGUUCAGGACUUCACCUGCGAUGGUAAUGAUGAAAGUAGCUGCUUGCUUUCACCUCCUUGUCCUUCCCAGUGUACUUGUGUGGACUCGGUGGUACGCUGCAGCAACAAAGGGCUGCGGAUAUUGCCCAAAGGAAUUCCCAAAGACGUGACUGAGUUAUACCUGGAAGGAAACCAUCUGACUGCUGUGCCGAAGGGGCUCUCCACCUUCAGACACCUGACACUGAUUGAUUUGAGCAACAACAGCAUAAGCAUUUUGGCCAAUUACACCUUCAGCAACAUGACUCAAUUAUCAACACUCAUCCUGAGUUACAAUAGACUUCGGUGCAUUCCAGUCCACGCGUUCAAUGGGCUCAGGUCUCUUCGAGUUCUGACACUUCAUGGAAACGAUAUUUCCACUGUUCCCGAAGGUUCUUUCAACGACCUGGUAUCCUUGUCCCAUCUGGCCCUAGGUACCAACCCUCUGCACUGUGACUGCAACCUCCGCUGGCUGUCCGAGUGGGUGAAGGCAGGGUACAAGGAGCCAGGGAUAGCCCGCUGCAGCGGGCCUGACACCAUGGUGGACAGGCUGCUCCUCACAACACCAACUCACCACUUCCAGUGCAAAGAUCCGGUAGAUAUCAGUGUUGUGUCCAAGUGUAACCCCUGCCUCUCCAAUCCAUGUAAGAACAACGGGACAUGCAACAAUGAUCCAGUGGAGUUUUAUCAAUGCACUUGCCCUUUUGGCUUCAAGGGUCGAGACUGCAGUGUGCCUAUUAAUUCUUGCAUUCAAAAUCCAUGUCAGAAUGGAGGGACCUGCCACCUCACCGAGACAAAUAAAGAUGGAUUCAGCUGUUCUUGUCUCCUUGGGUAUGAGGGGGAGAGGUGUGAAAUAAACCCAGAUGACUGUGAAGAUAAUGACUGCGAGAAUAACUCUACGUGUGUGGAUGGGAUCAACAACUAUGUCUGUCUCUGCCCUCCUAAUUACACAGGUGAACUGUGUGAUGAGGUGAUUAACCACUGUGUUCCUGAUCUAAAUCCGUGCCAACAUGAGUCCAAAUGUCUUCCUCUUGACAAAGGAACCAGAUGUGAGUGCUUGCCGGGUUACAGUGGAAAACACUGUGAAAUAGAUGAUGAUGACUGUGCGGGCCAUAAGUGUCGCCAUGGAGCCGUCUGCGUAGAUGCAGUCAAUGGCUACACCUGCGUCUGUCCUCAGGGUUUCAGUGGACUUUUCUGUGAAACUCCUCCGCCGAUGGUCCUUCUCCAGACAAGCCCGUGUGAUAACUACGAGUGCCAGAACGGGGCCCAGUGCAUCGUCGCGCACCAGGAGCCCGUCUGCCGCUGCCUCGCUGGCUUUGCUGGCCAGAGGUGCGAGAAGCUCAUCACAGUCAACUUUGUUGGGAAGGAUUCCUACGUGGAGCUGCCGUCAGCCAAAAUUCGCCCUCAGGCAAACAUCUCCCUCCAGGUAGCAACAGACAAGGACAAUGGCAUCUUAUUAUACAAAGGAGACAAUGAUCCUUUGGCUCUGGAGUUGUAUCAAGGACACGUGAGGCUCAUCUACGACACGCUGAAUUCUCCACCUACCACAGUAUACAGUGUGGAAACAGUAAAUGAUGGGCAGUUUCAUAGUGUGGAACUCGUGAUGCUGAAUCAAACUCUGAACCUGGUGGUGGACAAGGGGACUCCCAAGAGUCUAGGAAAACUCCAGAAACAGUCUUCUGUCAGCCUCAACACACCCCUCUACAUUGGAGGGAUCCCGACCUCUACUGGAUUAUCUUCACUGCGCCAGGGUGCAGAUAAGACACCAAAUGGUUUUCAUGGAUGUAUUCACGAUGUCCGCAUCAAUAAUGAGCUGCAGGAUUUCAAGGAUUUACCACAGCAGUCGCUAGGAGUCCUUCCUGGCUGCAAAUCCUGUAACAUCUGCAAGCACGGCAUUUGCCGGUCCCUGGAGAAAACAAGUGUGAUUUGUGAAUGUCACCCAGGCUGGACGGGGCCCCUGUGUGACCAGGAAAUUGGAGACCCAUGUCUUAACCACAAGUGUCUGCAUGGUAAGUGCAUGGUGGCCAAUGUUGCUUACACCUGUAAGUGCCUGGAGGGCUACACAGGCAUGUACUGUGACAAGAAGAACAACUCCUCAAAUCCCUGCAGGAUUUUGAAAUGCAACCAUGGGCAGUGUAAAAUUUCUGAGCACGGGGAACCCUACUGCGAAUGCGAUCCUAACUACAGUGGAGAACACUGUGACAGAGAGAAUCUCUGCCAAGGAGAGAUCAUUCGAGAAGUGGUCCGUAAGCAGCAGGGCUACACGUCGUGUGCCACUGCCUCCAAAGUGCCCCGCCUGGAAUGCCGCGGCGGCUGCGGCAGCGGGCAGUGCUGCGUUCCUCUCCGGAGCAAAAGGCGGAAAUACUUCUUCCAGUGCGUGGAUGGCUCCACCUUCACGGAAGAACUGGAGAGACAUGUGGAAUGCGGCUGCUCAAAAUGCUUAUAAGCCAUUCUCCAGUCUCUUGCCACUUUAAUCGACUCAGAAGCGCGAUCAAAACGGGACCUAUUUACUUUCAGAGUGAAGAAGAAAAGAGUUAUUAAGUAUAUUGUAAAAUAAACUAAAAAUAGAACUUAUUUUUAUUAUGGAAAGUGACUAUUUUCAUCUUUUAUUAUAUAAAGUAUCGCACCACUUUGGGUAUAUGUAUCAUAUAGUGAGUUAUUUUUACCAUGAAACUUUUUUAACAGUUGUAAGAAAAAAAAAUUCAAAAGUUAAAAGUUUAAAAAAAAUAUAUAGAGAAAACAUAGCCUAACAGGAGAAAUGUGGGGGUGACUUUAUCUGUAUGCACAAUGAACAAAUGUAAAGGUGUUCCAAGGACCCGCCACAGAACUGAUACAGGCUGGAGAAGUCUCCGAGGCUCUGGGUGGGUCUCCGAAGAGAGCGGCUCCCCAUGACCGACAGCCACCUCGCCUGCUCAGGCGCCCUGAGGAAGCCUCCCCUCGGCCCCUUGCUCUGCCCAACGCUGCCGACGCUGCUUUCUUCCCGUCCAGUGGCUCCGCUUGCUGUUCUUGAGCCCGUUCCCUAUAGCACGUAGGCACUGCCGUAGCUUGAGGCUAACUACAUUAUUUGACUAUUGUAAUACUAUAAUACCUUUUUUGCUGUGUAUGUUGUAUUUAUCUGUGUUCACAUUAUAGUCUUCAGCAACUGUAUCUAUAGAGCACAGGCAGCUUUAUCCAAAAGAAGGGGACGAAGGGAAAGGAAGUGGGGAAAUACAUGUUGCUUUGGGACAUUUGGGGGCAAAAUGUGAAGUAAGUGCUAAGUAAUGCCUAAUAAAUGACAUAGUACUUUUGUGUAAACUCCUCAGCUAUGUUAUUUCCCAAGUUUGUGCCUUCUUGCUCCCGGCCUUGAGCCUUUUUUUGUAUAUGAAAUAUGAGGAAUGCACUGCUACAUAGUUUGUCACGCCUUGACACUUUAACUUGCAAAGGUUGUAAAGAGCAUGAAAAUACUGCAGGUGCCAGAACGUACCUGCAGUGCAAUGGCUUGUGCUCCCACGGUCACUUCAGCCAUGGGUGUGAGCUGGGCUGUAGCUGCUUGUUCACCCACACUCUGGUACCGGGCAAUUGGCUACUUUUCCACAGCUUUUUAACCGAGCAGAAGUUGCACUAUACCCGUGUGAAGGUAUCAGCUGACAUCUGCCCACCUUAGCAGCACUCUCUUCUCUGCACAUGGAGAGACGUUCCAGCUCCACCCCGGCCUGUUCUCGCAUUUGGUGCAGAUUGGACAAUUCAGCCAAAGCUUCUCCAUCCGCACCGCUUCAUAUCCCACACUUGUGUCUCCCAAAAGGCUCCCGUUAACUUUAACUGUGCUCAGAGCAAAUGCUGAAUAGGAAAUGGAAAUCAAUGCAGGGAUAAUUUCUCACUGUGAACGUGAGGCAAAAAUUGACUCUGGAAGUGAGUUGGAUUUUUGGAGGGUUUUUGGGUAGGGCUACCUUUCAGGUUCAGAAAGUACGUGCAAAGAGUACCAUGGAUAGCUUGAAGUUUCUCUUACUAUAAGUUUCAAACAUCCCCAUCAACAACUCUUCCACUGUAAGUGUAAUUUCUUUCUUUCUCUAACAUAGCAAGUGUUAUAGUCCUUCCUUUGAUUUCUUUUUCUCUAAGAGAGGUAAAGUCAGAGAUGAUUCCUAGCAGCUGUAAGCUCCUUUGGGGAAUGCUUGCUGGUCUGACCAAAAGGAUUUCCAAUCAGGGGCUUCAGCAAAGGAUGAGUAAGAAUGUUGAACCAAGGCCAGGUUGGACGGGGCUGGGAGCACCCUGGGCUGGGGGCAAGGGGCCCUGCCCGGGGCAGGGGGGUGGGACUGGGUGAUCUUUAAGGUCCCUUCCAACCCAAAUGAGUCUAUGGAUUCUACGAUUGCCCCCUAAGUAAAGGAGGCUUUUGUCUGACUGGUGCUUUGGAAAGAUGCACAGAAUGCGGCCCUGCCAUGACAAGUAUGAAUGUUUCUUUUCCAUUAAAGAAAAGUGACCUUUAGCUAUCAUGCAACCAGAAAGCUCUAACAUGCUUGACGUUCUUCUGCUAUGUCAACCUCUCCUUAACUGCAGCAGUUCAUUCAUAUUUAUUUGUUACUACCAGAGCAGUUUGAGCAGAAGGGACAUAACCAAUGUGAUAGCCAUCUCACAAAACAACUAUUAGUAUGUGGAGCCUGCAGUCAGUGAAACAUAAACCAACCACUAGUUCAUGUGCCAAACUCUGACUGAAACAGUACAGCUCAAGAGCCAGGGAAAAACUGACUCUGGUAGCCAGUGCUAUGGGCUGCUUUUUAUUUUGAAUAUAGUGUCAGAAGCUCAUAGCAGCUGGAGUUUGUGGUGUACAACAAAAAUCACCCAAACCCACAACCUACAGGUUUUAAAGAUCUGUGCAAGUAACUACAGGCCCUUGCGCAAGUAUGUGCCUGGCCCACCACUACCGUUAACGUUUCACUCCUGAUUGAAACACUUUGAUUUCUAAAGAAGCAGCUGCUAUGGUGCCAGGCAGAAGAAAUCCAGACUGAGCAGUGGCUCACAAGUCCUCCCUGUGCUCUACUACAUGAUUUGUAGACACUAAGCUGCCAAGGCCUGCAGAAACACGGCCCCUCUUGAACGCCACCCAAAACUGUGUUUACUUUGUCCCUUGAGCAGCAACGCGUAUGAAAAAGGUGACAUUUACUCGUGGCCUCGCACCUGCUGGAGGGUGCUUUGUAAGGAAUGGCCUUGACUGGCAAGGCAAAAGCCAUCAACGUCUUGUUAACACAUCACUCUGGGAUUUAUUUAAGCAAAGCCUUGCAGCAAAGUGACCAGUAACAACUCAGCGAGCCUGGCCCUGUUCCUGGCCCUUUUCUGUCAUGGCACUUCAGUGUUAAGCGUUGGGAUAAAGAACUAAGAUAUCUAUUUUGUAACCAAAUGAUGCAAUUUUUGUAUGCUUUUAGGCAGCACUUGCCAUUGGAUAGUGAUGCUUUAUGUCAAUGAUUCUCUGACUUGCUAUAGAAUUAUUUUAUGUUAAGAAGAAAAUAAAAAGCAUUCAGAUGUGCCAAAAAUGUGAGGUUAACUGAAGUGUAAUUAGCUCUGAAAGUUCCUCUGUAACCUGCCUAAUGUUACAAUAGAUUUCAAGAACUGCGGGUACAAUGCAGUAGUUUUUACCUCUAUAAAGUUUUAAUAUAAAGUGAAGAAAGAUGCUUACCCUUAAAAAAUGGCAAUGCAGACUGGUGUGAACUGAUGUAUUUUAUUAAUAGAUUCUCAUUGUGAUGUAAGUUUAAAUAAAUUGUUGGGUUAUGGAAGAUUGUAA